AUGUUGUAUAAUUUUUGUUUAUUUUCAUGUCCUGUGGAAAAAGUUUUCUCUGUAGUUAGUACAGCUUUUACUUAUAAUAUCUAUCUAUCUAUCUAUCUAUCUAUCUAUCUAUCUAUCUAUCUAUCUAUAUCAAGGAAGAUCUAUCUAUCUAUUUAUCUAUCUCAAUAUGUUCCUAUCUAUCUAUCUAUCUAUCUAUCUAUCUAUCUAUCUAUCUAUCUAUCUAUCUAUCUAUCUCAAUAUGUUCCUAUCUAUCUAUCUAUCUAUCUAUCUAUCUAUGUCGGUUCAUAUCUAUUUGUAUCUAUCUCACGAUCUCUCUUGCUUUCUCUCUCUCUCUAUCCAUCGGUUCAUAUAUAUCUAGAUUUAUCUCCCCACCCCUCUCUCUUUCACUCUCUGUCUCCCUAUCUAUCUAUCUAUCUAUCUAUCUAUCUAUCUAUCUAUCUAUCUAUCUAUCGCAUUUCGGUUCAAGUGUUUCCCUUCCUUCCUUCCUUCCUUCCUUCCUUCCUUCCUUCCUUCCUUCCUUCCUUCCUCCGUUCCUUCCUUCCUUCCUUCCUUCUAUCCUUCCUUCCUUCCUUCCUUCCUUCCUCCGUUCCUUCCUUCCGUCCUUCCUUCUAUCCCUCCUUCCUCCGUUCCUUCCUUGCUUGCUUCCUUCCUUCCUCCGUUCCUUACUUCCUCCGUUCCUUCCUUCUAUCCUUCCUUCCUCCGUUCCUUCCAUCCUUCCUUCCUUGCUUCCUUCCUUCCUUCCUUUCUUCCUCCCUUCUAUCCUUCCUUCCUUCCUUCCUCCGUUCCUUCCGUCCUUCCUUCCUUCCUUCCUUCUGUCCCUCCUUCCUCCGUUCCUUCCUUCCUUGCUUCCUCCGUUCCUUCCUUUUAUCCUUCCUUCCUCCGUUCCUUCCUUCCUUCCUCCGUUCCUUCCUUCCUUGCUUCCUUCCUUCCUCCGUUCCUUCCUUUUAUCCUUCCUUCCUCCGUUCCUUUCUUCCUCCGUUCCUUCCUUCCUUGCUUCCUUCCUUCCUCCGUUCCUUCCUUUUAUCCUUCCUUCCUCCGUUCCUUCCUUCCUCCGUUCCUUCCUUUUAUCCUUCCUUCCUCCGUUCCUUUCUUCCUCCGUUCCUUCCUUCCUUGCUUCCUUCCUUCCUCCGUUCCUUCCUUUUAUCCUUCCUUCCUCCGUUCCUUUCUUCCUCCGUUCCUUCCUUUUAUCCUUCCUUCCUCCGUUCCUUUUUUCCUCCGUUCCUUCCUUCCUUGCUGCCUUCCUUCCUCCCUUCUAUUCUUCCUUCCUCCGUUCUUUCCUUCCUUCCUUCUAUCCCUCCUUCCUCCGUCCCUUCGUUCCUCCGUUCCUUCCUUCCUUCCUUCCUUCCUUCCUUCCUUCCUUCCUCCGUUCCUUCCUUCCUCCCUUCUAUCCUUCCUUCCUCCCUUCUAUCCUUCCUUCCUUCCUCCGUUCCUUCUGUCCUUCCUUCUAUCCCUCCUUCCUCCGUCCCUUCGUUCCUUGCUUCCUUCCUUCCUUCCUAUUUCCCUGAAAUCAUUUAUCCUUCUAUCCAGCUCUCGUGCCCGUUCUUAGCGCGUCAUAUAGCUUCUCUUCUUUUCGCUUGUUUGUUUAUUUGUCUUUCUUUCUUUUUCUUUCUUCGUUUCUUUCUUUCUUUCUUUCUUUCUUCAUUUCUUUCUUUCUUUCUUUCUUUCUUUCUUUCUUUUUUCUUCAUUUUUUCUUCAUUUCUUUCUUUCUUUCUUCAUUUUUUCUUCAUUUCUUUCUUUCUUCAUUUCUUUCUUUCUUUCUUUCUUUUUUCUUUCUUUCUUUCGUCAUUUCUUUCUUUCUUUCUUCAUUUCUUUCUUUUUUUCUUUCUUCGUUUCUUUCUUUCUUCAUUUCUUUCUUUCUUCCUUUCUUUCUUUCUUUCUUCAUUUUUUCUUUCUUUCUUUCUUUCUUUCUUUCUUUCUUCCUUUCUUUCUUCAUUUUUUCUUCAUUUCUUUCUUUCUUCAUUUUUUCUUUCUUUCUUUCUUUCUUUCUUUCUUUCUUUCUUUCUUUCUUUCUUUCUUUCUUUCUUCCAAAGCCUAUGA